CUCCGCCCACAACCUGGGCGUCAAUUCAUUCUGUCGCGAUCCCUUCAUCCGCACAAAACAUAACAUUACUCGUUGACGACAGUACUCAUGUCAUCUAGUUCUAAUAAAAGGAUUUAUAUUUUUUGUGUAUCGUAGGUUACUAUAAAAAUGCAUUCCGGGACUUUGGAAAGAAUCGGGUCGCCGAUAAAAAGGACGCUUUCUCGGGGAGUGAGUGAGGACGAGUCACUUCGCAACAUUAUCAAAGAGACGGAGAGUUCGGCCAGGCGUCUGACACGCAGUGAGAGCAGAGGGGGGACCCUCAAGAGGAGAAGUGGGAGUCAGCAGUCUGAGGAUCAGGAACUAAUGAUGGAACUCCCUGAGAUGAUUGAUCUGCAGGCGAGCUACGACGAUGUGUUGCGAGAGCUCCGUGGGCUGGAGCUGCAGCGGGAGACUGUGUUGUUCCAGGUGGACGUUCUGCACGACGCCCUGGAGGGGGCCGAGGAGAUGCUGGCCGAGGCUCAGAGAGAGGCCAGCCAUGCCACCAUGGAGUUGGAGCAAGAGAGAGAAGCCAAUAGGAAGUUGGAGGACAUGGUCAGCUCUCUGAUGCAGGAGGUGGAGAGGCUAAAAGAGGAGAGGAAGACCAUUCCAGCAGUACCAGUGUACACACUCGUCAAGGAGCAGGAGAUGGAGGAGGAGAUUGCUAGACAACAAGCACAAGAGAUGAAAAUAAAAAAAGAAGCACAGGAACAAGUCAGUGAUACACCAGGGGAUGAGGACAAUUCUACCAAAGAUGCGCCUCUCUCUAUUAUCCGAUUGGACAGUGAGAGCCCCGGGCCCAACAACGGACUAACAUUGGAGACCAGAGCUGGAGGGCUGCUCGCCGCCUCCUUCAAAAAGGAGAGGGAGGAGCCGUCCUCUGACAGUCCAAACCGGCCCCUUCCUCUCCACGUCGCCCGGCUGUGGUCCUCUGUGGACUCUGAGGACAUAGAAGAAGGGGCAGAGGACAGCUUCACCAAGUUCACUAAGAUGGUCAACAAGACCUUGGGACCGUUGAUGCUGGGUAGCCAGACCCCAGGGAACAGUCAGGAGGAGAACAGGCGUGACAUCUUUCCAGAUAGGAACAACGACACCGACAGCAUCAGCACCUACGAGGAUGCCUGCGCUGACACGCCCGAGCUGGAUGAGGGAGACGGGCCAAGGCUGCCCCAUGAUGAAGGAUCCCCGGUGGAUGAUGAUGAGGCAGAGCCGUCGAAUGGCAACGAUCCCAAGAACCCCAAAAACCCCAAUGAUUCUUGCAUUCUGUCGUAAGAGCUGCAGAACUGUUGUGGUACGAAAGGUCAAAUGUACUCUCACUCUGUCUGCCCUCUUGAUAAUAUAAUAUAUGCAAUUUAGCUUUUAUUCAAAG